AUGGCUCAGCUUCUGAUGAAGGAUGCUCGAGCACUUGGAUUAAUCCAAAGUGCUGUCUCAGAUCAACUCUUCCCCAGAAUAGUGAAUGAGGAGACCUCAAAGGGAGCUUGGGACAUUCUGAAGCUGGAAUUCAGAGGAGAUAAGCAGGUACGAAAUGUAAAACUGCAAGGAUUGCGUAGAGAGUUUGAAUAUACUCGCAUGAAAGACAGUGAAUCUCUAUCUGUGUAUCUUGCUAGAUUGUUUGAUAUCUUAAAUCACAUGAAAAGUUAUGGAGAGGAAUUAUCCAGGGAGAGGAUUGUGCAGAAACUGCUGUUUAGUCUGCCAAAAUCCUAUGAUCCUAUUUGUUCUGUUAUUGAACAUUCUAAGGAUCUAGAAAUUUUGGAAGUGCAAGAGGUGGUUGCCUCCUUGAAGAGCUUUGAGCUCAGAUUGGAUCGCCAUAAUGAAAACUCUACAGAAAGGGCCUUUGCUAGUCUGAAUAUUGAGGAGAAGAAUCCAAAGAGUGGCAGUUUUUCUGGAGACCAAAAAUCUCAGAAAAACUGGAAAACAAGUGAAGGUAACAAAAUAGCCUGUAAACAUUGUGAUAAGCUGCAUUAUGGCAAGUGCUGGUUUGAAGGCAAGCCUAAAUGCCAUGGAUGUGGAAAAUUUGGGCAUAUGAUCCGAGAGUGCAAUGGAAAUAAAAAUGCACAUAAGGUGAACUAUGCAAAUUAG